CUAUGUUUUUUCUGUGAUCUAUUGUCAUGCUAUGUCAUAAUAGUAUUCUAAUUCCAUGGUCAGGCCACUGUCUGUCCCUCUUAUCUUGUGUCCCCUGCCCAGUACCCCUGGAUACAGCUCUGAUGGUACACAUAUGGUCCGUGCUAGCAGGGGUCCUUGGGACGUCCCUACCCCCCGCAUUGAAGUUGACAUUUAAAAUGGUUAGGUAAGGAUUUGGUAAAGGUUAGGGUAGGGAGGUCGCAAGGAUGCCAGAUAGCACUGACCAUAUACACACAGGCUACAUUACAUUUUCACUGAGGCUCCCUCUGUAGGCCUACAGUGCCCUUGCCUCAUGACAGGAGAAAGUUGAAACAAUUGAUUUGGUCACCACUGAUAACUGAAAGGCAUGGCAAAUGUGUGACAACCAAGUCUAUCAAUGUGGUGCCCAAUAAAUAAACAUGUAUUAUAGCUCCAAAUACUAACAUACCAUAACUGUGAUGUUUGCGUCUGUAUUUCCAAAAUGAAAAGUUGUCAGCCUCAUCAAAAAUAUGAACACUUAGGUCUAAUACCUCUGAGCUGUCUCAUGCUACUGAGCAAACAUUACACACAACCGAAUAUCACCGUGCGCAUUCUCGCUCCCUCUCUCAGCGUCCAUCCCAUACAAUCCGUGUGUUCAAGACAGCCAGAUGCUUUUGGUUUGUGCGUGCGAAGUCUUCGGAAGCGCAACGGCCCUGGGUCCCUCUAAUUUAUCUCUGGACAAUCUGAUUCUGCUGCGUGUGACCCGAGAGUCCUCUCUGAAAUAAUAGAAGUUUAGAGUGAAGUUGACUCUUGAUUUUAGAUAUCUCACGGACGGUCUUCACCGCUCCUCACCACGAGCGCGCUGGACCAGCGAGACUCCUCAGGAAAGUCGGCUGGAGUGAGUGUCAGUUCAGUGGGCAUGUUGUGCAGCAGCGAACCUCAUAUGCGAUUAAUAAGUAAAUAAUUGUAUAAAAGAGCAGGGCGAUAAUGUUCAAUCGAUAGUUAUUUAACCAACUUAAUUGUAGUCCUUUAAAAAAUACACUUGUCUGCUUUAAGCUUUCAAUUGCGGGCUUUAAGUGUUUUCCAUAUAGGCUAAUUUCGAGCAAGAUGCGCAUGUGGGGACGACUAUACUAAUUAGCAAUAGGGUAGGUUAUAAAGUUACCGUUCCCCCGGCCAACAUAUAUUGUAAUCAUCACUCGGUUGCACCUCGUUUUCCAAGAUUUAACGGUCCUUGGAAUUAUCGCGUAAUACCUUUGACAACUUUGCAUUUGAGUUUCAACAAUGUUUCUCUAAGGUUACGGUUUUACAUACCGCACUUGUCAAAAUGCCAUGCGAAUUUUAUUUUAUGGCUGUGACUUGAUUUUUAGAUAACUUAAUUUAAAUUCAGAGUCCAGACCCAGACUUUUAGAGGGAAGAAAUUGACUCGCUGUAAUUAGACUUUAGUCCAAGUAAUUAUCCGAUGCAGACACCCUGAUUAUGGCUUCGAAUUCAUUUGGCUAAAUCACCAAUGUAGAUAUGGACUCACUGUUAAAUAGGUGAUUGAAACUGAAGUCCGUUACAUUUAUUACUUAUAUAGAUAUACUUUAACCAUGUUAAGCACCCCAUCAAAUAACGGUGGCAUUAGAAUGUUGGUUCUCCCCGCACCUAACGACGAUAGACGGGUUGAGUUUGUGGCUCUUACCGCCGUUCAUACGGAGAGGAGUGAACCAUCGACCCCGGAGCGCGUGCACCCUUCUCACCGCACCGGGCUCCUCGGUACCCCGCUGCCCGGGCGUCUUGGACCCCGGGCGACCACCUCAGCCUCCAGCAAGCGCUACAGAAAGUUUCAGAACUUCUUGUAUAACGUACUGGAAAGACCACGAGGAUGGGCAUUCAUCUACCAUGCGUUCAUUUUCCUGCUGGUGUUCAGCUGUCUGGUUCUGUCUGUGUUCUCCACCAUACCAGACCAUCAAAAGAUAGCCAACGAAGGCCUCUUCAUCCUGGAGUUUGUGAUGAUCGUGGUGUUUGGUCUGGAAUACGCUGUGAGAGUUUGGGCAUCUGGCUGCUGCUGUCGCUACAGAGGAUGGCAGGGGAGACUACGCUUCGCCAGGAAACCCUUCUGUGUCAUAGACUUCAUAGUGUUUGUGGCGUCGUUGGCGGUGAUCGCAGCGGGUACACAGGGGAACAUAUUUGCUACCUCAGCCCUGCGCAGCAUGCGGUUCCUCCAGAUCCUCCGGAUGGUACGCAUGGACAGACGAGGAGGCACCUGGAAACUACUGGGCUCUGUGGUCUAUGCCCACAGCAAGGAGCUCAUUACAGCGUGGUACAUUGGUUUCCUGGUCCUGAUCUUUGCCUCCUUCCUGGUUUACCUGGCAGAGAAGGAUGUCAACACAGAGUUCAACACCUACGCAGACUCCCUCUGGUGGGGAACGAUUACUCUCACCACCAUCGGCUAUGGUGACAAAACACCCCGCACCUGGUUGGGCCGACUCCUAGCUGCCGGCUUUGCGCUCCUGGGUGUGUCCUUCUUCGCCCUUCCUGCUGGUAUCCUGGGGUCAGGCUUUGCUCUGAAGGUGCAGGAGCAGCACAGACAGAAGCACUUUGAGAAGAGGAGGACUCCUGCUGCCAACCUUAUACAGGCUGCUUGGCGUCUGUACUCUACUGAUGCUCAGCACUCCUACCUGACAGCCACUUGGUACUUCUAUGACAGCAUGCUUCCAUCCUUCAGAGAACUGACACUACUGUUCAGUCACCUUCAGCGACGGCGUAGCGCCAAGAAUGUCCUUCACAACUCCCACAACACCCUGCUGUCCGGGCUACGGCCCUACAGCUCCCCCUACCUGUCAGGGGACAGCAGCAAAAUGGGAUUCCGGGACAGGAUGCGGCUGAACAACUCCCGUUCGUCCCAGGCGAGCCGGAACAAGGCGUCCCCGCUGCCUCCCGGGACGAGUGUCCGCCAGUCGCCCAGCACGGACAAUGUCCCAGAAGCCACCAGCCCCGGAAAGGUGCAGAAGAGCUGGAGCUUCAACGACCGCACGCGGUUCCGCACCUCCCUACGACUCAAACCCAGACCUCCUGCAGACGUGGAAGGAGUAGGGGAGGACAGUGUUGAAGACAAACCAUAUUGUGAUGUUUCCAUGGAGGAGGUGAUCCCAGCAGUGAAGACCUUGAUACGGGCUGUUAGGAUUCUGAAGUUCCUGGUGGCCAAGCGGAAAUUUAAGGAGACUCUGCGUCCAUACGAUGUGAAGGACGUCAUAGAGCAGUACUCUGCUGGACACCUGGACAUGCUGGGGAGGAUCAAGAGUCUACAAUCCAGAGUGGAUCAGAUAGUGGGUCGUGGAUCGUCCUACCAGGCAGAUAAUAAGAAGGUGAGGAGUGAGAAGGGAGAGAAGACCCCUCCAGAAGUAGACCUUAUGGACGAGCUCAGUAUGAUGGGACGUGUCAUCAAGGUGGAGAAACAGGUGCAGUCGAUAGAGAACAAGCUGGACCUCCUUCUUAACUUCUACACACAGUGUCUGAAGAAAGGCUCCUCCAACUUCACCUUGUCCUCCCUGUUAGAACCAGACCUGAUGUCGGACUACCACAGCCCCACAGACCACCGUGACCUUUUCCCCUCCGCCAACUCACUCAACAUCUCCCACUCAGAGUCCAGCAACAUAAAGUGACUGGUAUUGUACUCACUGACUGAGGCUGGGGCUGAAUCUGGGAAUGAACUUGGUCCACCGCUAGACCCUCACCACAAUGGCCCUGAGAUGUCAUGUCACAAUACUGGACUGUAGCAGCACCUCUGAAGCAACCCACUAUGCCCAUAGCUCUUCCCACUAAUUGCCAAACCAAUUUGAUUCCUAACUUUGGAGGUCUGACUCCUUUAGGAAUUCACAGUCCACACCUUAGGACCCACACUUUUUACCAUUGACUGAUCCUGAUCUUUAAUCAUUUCUCCCUCCACAUACACUACAUGGCCAAAAGUAUGUGGUCAACCCUUCAAAUGAGUGGAUUCGGCUAUUUCAGCCACACCCAUUGCUGACAGGUAUAUAAAAUCGAGCACAAAGCCAUGCAAUCUCCAUAGACAAACAUUGGCAGUAGAAUUACCUGUACUGAAGAGCUCAGUGACAUUCAACGUGACGCCAUCAUAGGAUGCCACCAAGUCAGUUCAUCAUAUUUCUGCCAUGCUAGAGCUGCCCUGGUCAACUGUAAGUGUUGUUAUUGUGAAGUGGAAACGUCUAGGAGCAACAACGGCUCAGCCCCGAGGUGGUAGGCCACACAAGCUCACAGCACAGGACUGCCAAGGGCUAAAGCGUGUAGCAUGUAAAAAUCGUCUGUCCUCGGUUGCAACACUCACAACCAAGUUCCAAACUGCCUCUGGAAGCAUUACCAGCACAAGGACUUUUCGUCAGGGGGCUUAAUGAAAUAGGUUUCCGUGGCCGAGCAGCUGCAUACAAGUCUAAGAUCACAAUGCGAGAUGCCAAGCGUCGGCUGGAGUAAUGUAAAGCUCGCCACCAUUGAAGCAGUGGACAUGCAUGCUCUGGAGUGAUGAAUCACACUGUGCAUUCUGGCGAUGACAGGAGAUCGCUACCUGCCCGAAUGCAUAAUGACCUGGGGCUGUUUUUCAUGGUUCAGGUUAGGCCCUUUAGUUCCAGUGAAGGGGCACCUUAACACUACAGCAUAUUCUAGAGGAUUCUGUGCUUUCAACUUUGUGGCAACAAUUUGCCAAAAAAAAGGCCCUUUCCUGUUUCAGCAUGACAAUGCCCCCGUGCACAAAGCGAGGUCCAUACAGAAAUGGUUUGUCGAGAUCGGUGUGGAAGAACUUGACUGGCCUGCACAGAGCCCUGACUUCAACCCCACCGAACACCUUUUGGGAUGAAUUGGAACGCCGACUGCGAGCCAAGCCUAAUCGCCCAACAUCAGUGCCCGACCUCACUAAUGCUCUUGUGGCUGAAUGAACGCAAGUCCCUGCAGUAAUGUUCCAUCAUAUAGUGGAAAUCCUUCCCAGAAGGGUGGAGGCUGUUAUAGCAGCAAUGUUCCAUCAUAUAGUGGAAAUCCUUCCCAGAAGGGUGGAGGCUUUUAUAGCAGCAAAGGGGGGACCAACUCCAUAUUAAUGCCCAUGAUUUUGGAAUGAGAUGUUUGACGAGAGGGUGAUCACAUACCUUUGGCUAUGUGGUGUAUUUUAAAUCAUCUGCUCCGUUUUAGAGCCCCCAAUAGUGGAGUCUUCAUCAUACUAUCCUUUCUCUGUUACAAACCAGCACCCAUCAACCCUAACUACUCCUCACAUGAAGCCCUUCACUCACACCCUCCCUCCACACCCUCCUCCCUUAAUCCUCUCCCUUCAUCUUCAUCUGGCCAUAGCCCUAUCCAACCCUAACCCAGCCUCAAGUGAACCAGUGGAGUCCCUACUGAAUAUGCAUACACUGGCCACCAGAGGGUACCAUCUGAGCAGAUUCCUGGCCCGAAGAAGAGAGAGAACAACACUACUACUUGACCACCUAACACUACUGACUGACCAGUUUCACUCACCAACCACAUCAUAUAUACUGUAUCUAUCUAUGCCUUUUCCUAAAUAUCAACCCAAGUUUGGGUUUUGUACAUUUUUUUACACGGUUUGGUGUUCUGUUAUCUGCUCAGUUUUUUUCCUCUACUGGUUUCCUAAUUUGUAAUCAAUAGAUUUCCAGAUGAACCAAUGAACUGCUGCAGCUCUCCAACAGUCAGAAUAGCUUUGAUUUGUUUGAUUAGUUCUCUAAUCUGUUGCUAUAGGAGACGGACUGUCUCUAAGCUUCUGAUGAAUGUACUGUGUGCGCCCUGUUCUGUCCCCUCCUCCUCUCAUCCUCACCACACCUUCCACAGCUCAACUCAACUCUCUUUCUGAGGCACUGCAAAGACGUCAUGUCCCCAUCUACUCCACUGUGGGGAUACCCAGACUGGAAAAAAGGCCCAAAAAUGGACGACUCGUCAUGAAUAGAAAGAUGAAAACCACAGCCAUUUCACCAAAACAUCAGCUCUCUGUCCUUGCCCUCCAGUCCAGGUUGUUUCAUGAUACUCGUUCUACAGUUCUACAGUAUGCUGUCCUGAAAAGAGAGGGACUAGGUUACAACAAGAGAAGAACUUAGGCCUCGUGUGUGACACUUGUUCCAUCCCUCUUUGAAGUACAUCCAUGCCACUCCGAUAGUCUCCCGACUCAUGACUCUCUAUACAAAAAGCCCUAUUUGCAAAAAAAAGAAAAGAAAGAGAAAGUGACUCCUUGAAACAGCCAAUAUGGUAUUGCAUAAUAGUGAGAGAAAUACUGGAAGGAGGCAGGCUCUGUUUUCCAAAUCAGUUUUGGAAUGGGGAAUCUCUCUCUCUAGCAUUGUUUCAUGGCAUUCUGAAGAGAUUUUACACAUCUUCACAAAGGGUCAGGUUAAAGGGGUUAUUGUAUGUUUUCUACCUGUUGAUCUCUUUAAAAACCUCUGUCUUGCCGCCCACCCCUCAGACAUGCGUGUUCCUCAGACCAGACCAAAGGGUAAGAAAACACUGACCCCAAGUCAGACUAUAGAGGGUGAUGUCUCUUCUCUCUGUAUCAGUACUCCUCCAUUCUCACCCGUCUUUGUCACGUAGUAUCUCACUCCUGUGUUGCAUGUCAGCUGGUUUAGGCCAGCCAAUCAGCUCAUGUCUAUGAUGAGAUGUUUUCCAAACGAACCAACUAUCACACAUUCUUUGGCUGCUUUCCAACAUCAACACUAGCAUACUACUUAAAGUGCAUGCACCAACCAUAAUAGCUUCAAAGCAGUGUGCUUGUGUGGAUGUUGGACCAGAGCCUUACUUUCUCUCAUUGUCGAUUGAGAAAUCUUGUCUCGUUGAUUCGCCCAACACACGCACCUUCUCAUGAUGCACGUCAAGUGAACAGACUGAGUACUGUUGGUGUGAUGUUGCCAAUCGUGUGAAUGGUACAGUCAGGUGGUGGCUGAUAAGAUAAUGCCUGGGAGGCAUUCAUCCAUGUCAGAAGCAUGAUCUCUGGUACUGUAGCCUCUCCUAUCUAUGCAUGUGUCUUAGCCAAUAGCUUUAUAAAUACUUCUUUACUGCAUCUAACCGUGGCAGGAUUCAAUGCAGACGUCCUCCUUGCAUUAUCGACAAGAGAGAGUCCACUUUAGCCGUAUGGUGUAUGGUUGUUUAUGGUUCGCUGACAGACCCUAAACAAUAGUUUGCUCAUAGAGGUAAUGUUAUGUACAAAUUUUCUAAUGGACAGAACUGGAGAACACUCACCCCAAAGUUAUAUUCUUGUACCCACUGUAGUGGACACUAUGGCACCUGAAGAGACUCCUGUAAUAACUGUAAUCAGAGUACUUGUUAAGUCGUCCUUUCUGUUUGUUCAUACACUCCACUGCGUCUCCUCUGACAGCUAAAAUUACAUGGACCAUUUCUAUGAUUGUAUUUUUGUGGGGGGUUUUAUUGUUUAAUGUGAAUGUUAGAUUUGAGUCCGUUAUGAAUGUGUCCUCCCAUUUUGUUUUUUGAUAUUGUUUCCUAUAAAGUUGAAUAAAUGUAGCAUUUUUGUCAA